GCGGGGCGGGGCGGCGCGCGGAGAGGCCGGCGCGGACGGGAAGGGGCCGGCGGCGGCGGCGGCCAAUGCGAAACUGGCUGGUGCUGCUCUGCCCCUGUGCGGUCGGGGUCGCGCUGCACCUCUGGCUGCUGCUCGGCGGCACCGGGACGGGCCCGGCAGGUCCACUGGCCUUCUUCCCUCAGUGGAAGCUGAAACAUUAUGAUGUUAUUGUAGGUGUUUUGUCAGCCCGACACAAUCAUGAACUGCGCAGUGUUAUAAGGAACACUUGGUUCAAGCACCUAAAACAACAUCCUGCACUGAGCCAACGUGUCCUUGUGAAGUUUAUAAUAGGUGCGCAUGGUUGUGCUGUGCCGGUGGAGGACAGAGAAGACCCCUACUCCUGCAAACUUCUGAACAUCAGUAACCCAGUUUUGAAUCAGGAAAUCGAAGCAUUCAAUCUCCCUGAGGAUGUACCUUCUGUGCUGUCUGAAGACAGAACUGUCAGUGUGAACUUCCGUGUGCUUUACCCCAUUGUCAUUACCAGUCUUGGGGUAUUUUAUGAGGCUGAUGGGGUGGGAUUCCAGAGGAACAUCACUGUAAAACUGUACCAGGCAGAACAUGAGGAAGCUCUCUUCAGUGCUCGCUUUAGUCCACCAAGCUGUGGAGUGCAAGUGAACAGAUUGUGGUACAAGCCAGUUGAGCAGUUCAUUUUGCCAGAGAGUUUUGAAGGUACUAUUGUGUGGGAAAGUCAAGAUCUUCAGGGUCUUGUUUCAAGAAACCUUCAUAAAGUGAUGGUGAAUGAUGGAGGGGGUGUUUUCAGAGUCAUUACAGCAGGGGAAGGGUCUCUUCCACAUGAACUCACAGAAGGUGUGGAGGGAAUAGCAGGUGGUUUUAUCUACACUAUUCAAGAAGGCGAUGCUCUUUUAAAAAGCCUCCAUACUCGCCCAGAAAGGUUUACAAGUCACAUAAAAAAUCUUGAAAAUGAAGAUGCUUUAUUGAAAGAAGAAAGCAGUACCUAUGACGAUAUUGUUUUUGUAGAUGUUAUUGACACUUACAGAAAUGUUCCAGCCAAACUGCUGAACUUCUACCGAUGGACAGUUGAAUCAACAAGUUUUGAUUUAUUGCUGAAGACAGACGAUGACUGUUACAUUGAUUUGGAGGCUGUUUUUAACAGGAUAAAGCAGAUAAAGUUGGACAGGCCAAACAUUUGGUGGGGCAAUUUCAGACUGAAUUGGGCUGUUGAUCGAACUGGGAAAUGGCAAGAGCUGGAGUAUCCAAGUCCUGCGUAUCCAGCCUUUGCCUGUGGGUCUGGCUACGUCAUCUCCAAAGACAUUGUUCAAUGGCUGGCAAGCAACUCUGAAAGAUUAAAGACGUACCAGGGUGAAGAUGUGAGUAUGGGCAUCUGGAUGGCAGCUGUGGGACCCAAGCGAUAUCAAGACAGUCUCUGGUUGUGUGAGAAGAUGUGCGAGAGUGGCAUGCUGUCCUCCCCCCAGUAUUCUCCACAGGAACUGAACGAGCUGUGGAGAUUAAAGGAACUGUGUGGAGAUCCUUGUAGAUGUGAGGAAAGAUGAUGGACUUGCCUUGGAAAACCGGGUAGCGUAUAAUGAUCAUGGAAAAGUGUAUAUUUGGAUUCAUUCUUGGAACAAUAAGGAAUAUUAAGGUGUCUUUUAAUGUUGGGUUUUGACUAAAGUAUAACAAUAUUUGCAUAUCCUUUUUGAUAAUUACGAGUGGACUGAUACUCCUCCUUUUCUGUAGUAGGUGUUGAUCUGACAAAACCCAAAAUGUUUAAGAUAAAAACUUUCCAUUUUAUAUAAAAUCAAAGUCCUACUUGUAAUUAAUAAAUGCACAUAAGAAUGCCAACUAGCCUGUCUUUUGUAAAUUAAAGUCCUACCGAUUUAAGUCAGUAUAGAGCUGUACCAGGAUCCAGCAGAGAGCCAUAUGCAGCACCAGAGCAUUUGGUAAGUCAAGUCUUGCUGAAGGAGGUUCUGUGCUGGCUGAGGGACUGCCCUCAUCUGUGCAGGGGCUGAGACAGCUAGGGGUUAGGAUUUACUUUUAGUUUUAUACCAUUGUCAUUUUAGAUAAAAACAGUAUCAAAGUUUGCUUAUACCAAAUCUGGAAGUACUGCAAACUUGGCCUGAUUUGGAGGGAUUUCUGAUAGCUCAGUGUGGUGUUGUACAAAUCUGAGGGUACAUGAGUGAAAGUAAAAUAAGACUGAGGUACAGCACGCUAAAGAAUGUGAAAUAAAUAGCAAUGCCUUGCAGUAUGCUGAGAACUUAUUUAUACUGUGGUAUGUUAACACUGU